CUGAGGAAUAGAGUGAGAUUUUAUUCGUCUAGCAACACCUACGCUAUCUGAAAAUGGCGGCCAAAAAUCAAUUUUGAAUUAGUGACAGCCGCGCGCGACCUUAGAUUUGUCACAAAAUAAAAUAUUUACCAAGUAAAUAAACGUGUUUUCAGUUAUAACGACUGACGAUGUUAGUCGCCUGUAUGGGUUUGAUGGGACGUCACAUUUUUCUGUUAAAUUCUGUGCUUUAGUCAUAACAUAAGUUCGUAGCCACUAUUUUAGUGGAUGAUGUAAGAAACUGAAGGUCUCUCACGAUCUUGUGUGUAUAGUUUUAUUGUUUUUGCCUUGAGGACUGUAUAAAGAAUUUUCACUAUGGAGGGUGAAGAUGGGAGUGUGGGAAACCCCGAAAAAGAAGAUUACGAGAGCAGUGCGCAUUCUACACCUCAAGAACACAGGUCUUUUGCGGAAUUCGCGAAAGAUAAGUUGGAUAGUGCCGGCCGUGAACUUCGCCGCCGUCUGCCGAUGGCGGGUCAGCUCAGUGCCCAUCUGAUGCAUCCUCGUCGCCUCCUCUUGCAUUCCACACCAACACAGCACACUGAUGUUGUCCUUAUAUUCCCUAAAGGUCUGCCGGACAGUAUGCUGUUAUGGCUGCUACAGAAGUUGCGCGGGAGUCGGCCGCGGUUGCGUGUGUGUGUGAGGCAGCACGCGUCCUCACAGUGCUCCGCGUUUUACAUCACAGCUGAUGACGAGGUGCUAUUACAAACUGCGGAGGAGAUGCAUCUACCAAAACAGUUGAAACCGGAAUUUGGUGGAGGCUACAAAGAGUUCACCGUUCGAGACAUGCAUUGUUUUCAAAAGAGUUCAUCAGCUGCCGACCUGUUGAACUCGCAGGAGCGAGGUGCCUUAGUGAAGCACGUGUUGGAGUCAGCGCGCGCGGAACCCGGUGACGAGCACGCCUUAGAACCAGCCCUCACGCUCAGACCUGGACAAAGUAUUGUGCCAGCCUGUGUUAGCAGAGGUGUGGUAGCGAGUAUGUUCCCUCUCCACGAGAGAGCCGCUCUAGAAAACCUCAGAGGGAAAUGGGUUAAAACUAUAUUCUCACCUCAGCCUUUAGAUGAAAUUAGUGAAUAUUUCGGUGUAAAAAUAGCAAUGUAUUUCGCUUGGCUUGGACACUACACACAGUCGUUGACGGUGCCUGCAGCUGUCGGUUUUAUAUUUUGGAUUUGGCUCGGGACAGCGAACGACAAUUGGAAGGACAUAGCUUAUGUAUUAUUUUCUCUAUUUAACGUACUCUGGGCUUGCGUUUAUUUAGAAACGUGGAAACGGUAUUCAAAUGUACUAGCCUAUAGAUGGGGGACAUUAGAUCAAAGAGAUGACUUACUCGUUGAACCGAGACCACUGUUUCAGGGCGAGAUGAGCACGAGCGCGGUGACAGGGCGGCCCGAGCCGGUGUACGCGGCGUGGCGGCGGCGCGUGUGGCGCCACGCCGUGUCGGUGCCGCUCAUGGCGCUGUGCCUCAGCGUGGCCGCCGCCGCUACCUUCGCGCUGCUCCGGGCACAGGAUUGGUGGGAAACCAACAUAGUAUACUUUACUUGGAUACCCCGCGCCCUACUAGCAGUUAUCAUAGCGGUCGAAGAGGAAGUCUACGCUAGGAUAGCGAGGUGGCUCAACGACAAAGAGAACUAUCGACUCGAGACAAAGUAUGAGAAUCACCUGAUUGUGAAAAUAGCAUUGUUCCAAUUUCUGAACUCGUUCAUGAGUUUGUUCUAUAUUGCGUUUUACCUUCAGGAUAUGGAUAAGUUGAAAGAGCAAUUAGCAGUAUUGUUAAUAACAAGACAAGUUAUUGGAAAUCUAAAAGAAUCAGCGUUGCCUUAUUUGAUCGAGAAUUUGAGGCUUGCGAAAAUAUGUGUUGAUGUGUUUGGUGCCAUCAGUCCGAGCAAAAUACCGACUUCAGCGCAAUUGACGGAACUAUUCGAGAAGAAGACGAAUUCUUCUGGCGAAGCGCCAGAGAACAGUCUGGUAAACGGUGGAACUGAUAAGGAGAAGGAUGAUAGAAGGGAUUCCGAGCCGCUUGUAGGGCAAAAGGUCAUACAUCAGGCUGAGUUGGAGUCGCAGCUCUUUAAGUACGAGGGCACGUUCGCGGAGUACCUGGAGAUGCUGACGCAGCUGGGCCACGUGCUGCUGUUCUCGGCGGGCUUCCCGCUGGCGGCGCUGUGCGCGCUGGCCAACAACGCGGCCGAGAUCCGCGCCGACGCCUUCAAGCUGUGCCACGUCGCGCAGCGGCCCUUCGGCCAGCGCGUCAAGAGCAUCGGCAGCUGGCAGCAUGCAAUGGAAGCGAUGGUCGCUGUAGCUGUGUUAGUUAACUGCGCGCUGAUUGGUUUGUCGGGGCCCGUACACAGGUUGUUGCCCGACGCCACUCCCGCGCAGACCAUUCUCGUCAUUGUAGCUUUAGAGCAUGUGGUUUUAAUAGUAGUACUGGCUCUCCGUAUCGCCAUACCGGAGAUCCCGGCCUGGCUCGCCACUGAAAUGGCUAAAGUCGAGUUCCAGAGACGAGAAGCCAUCAAAAAUUCUCAUGCUCCUUUAAUGUCUGAAUGCCCGAGCCAAGAUGACAUACGACCGUCGGCGCGGAACACGCCGCGUACCAUCACGCCGACGACGCCCAAACAGCCUUCCAAUGACAAAUUAAACGAUAAGAAGAAACUAUUCAUCGGGAAAAUACCUGAAAUACCACCUUUUAGGCCCAAAGCGGCGUCGAUAACGACGACUACGGAACCACCGGUGACUGUCACGGGCUCGUUACAGGCGUUGCCCGAUGUUAGUCCUACGAAACCUAUACGACGUAAGGAGGCGGCGGCGGGCGCGCCGCUGUCGCUGCUGGGCGUGCGCGGGCUGCGCGACGAGCCGCUGCACCGCUCCGCGCACUGCAUCCCGCACCCCGCGCAGCACCGCCCGCUCGUCAACCCCACGCUGCAGGAGUUGUCUGGCAGCGUGAGCGCGGGUGGCUCGGAGCCAGACCUGAACGCGGUGCCCUCGGCCGCGCCCUCCGUGGACGCCAGCAACACCUCCAGCGAGGACGACAAGCCCAAGGAUAAAGGGAGUCGUUCCCGCGCCAAGGCCCUGCUGGUGAAGCGCGUCCGCUCGGUGGCGGUGUUCUCGCUGGGGCUGCGGCGCGCGCGCGAGGCCGCCGCCGGCGCCGCGCCGCCGCACACGCCCGACAGGCCCGCCAGCCUGCCCGCGCCAAUGUUAGGCGGCGAGCUGUCGUUAAUCCCGAUCGAGCAGCUCAUACAAGUCGAUGACGUCAAGCCGAGGCCCACGUAGACUGGUAUCGCUACUUUUAUACAUGCUCCCCUAGUACAUGCGUGAUCAGUUACUGAAUAUGAUAUGUUGAACUAACCAAUAAAACUUGAUCUUUACUUAUAGUUUGAUGUAUAAAAAUCCUGGAUCAAUAAUUUAAAUACUUUUUCGGAAAUACGACCUUAUUUACACGUCUUAAAGUUGUUUUUAAGACGCGAGAGACCCACAUAUUUUUUAUUAAAUGUGUGAACAUGGUAUUACUCAAAUAUCAAACGGCGAAAUUUAUCUGUCACAGUCGCACAACUGCUGUCAAUAUGUGACGAAUUUUGCUUAGUUACUAUAAGCGAAAGCGAGAUGCCGCGCUCAUUGUUGUACGCCGUCUCGCUUACACAUUGAUCAUUAUAAGAGACUGUCUUAAGGUACUCAACCUGUAUCAUGACUCUUAAGACAGGAAAUUAAAGAGAUAACAUUCCUUAACACUUAAUAAACGACGAUUCAUAUUCAAUAGCUGAAAAUACACGUGAUAAAUUCGGAGUACAAUUUAGCUAGAACGUCAUAGAUAGCGCCUGUUAGAACAUAGAAUAGUAUAGACAUACUACGUAUGUUAAUUAGAAUAUCCAUUCUAGUAAUUCUUUUCUAUUCGUUUACUAGCUAUAGUCAAUACUUUGUUAUAGUAAAUAGGUUUAAUAUUGAUUUUCUCAUUGAAUUCCAAUGUUUUGAGAAUUGUUUUGAUGAGUACAAAUUUUGUAAGUGUUUUUGCUUGUACUGUUGCUUUCAGUACUGUUGGGAGAAGUUUAAUAUCAUUACCAUGGUCAAUUAUGGUCUAUCAUACAGAAAAACAUGUCUUAUGCUGAUUAAAAUAAGAUGCAAAUUUCAACAAUACUGAAAACAGCAGAAUAGCUAAGAAAGAUGAAAUGCAGAAGAUUUGUGAUAGUGAAAGAUAUCAGACACAUCAGUCGAUGUGUUAUUGUGAAGGCUUUUUGAUGUAUUUUUAAGCGUUUCGAUGGACAUUUUUCGAUGUUAUAAUUCGAUGUUUUUUGUUUUACGAUGUUCUUUCUGAAGGUCUAAGCGCGAUGCGACGAAAUAUAACGUGAUUGUGUUUGCUUUAUAUUUCUAUGAAUUGUUGUUAAAGCGAGAUGCACUUAUAUACAGUGUUGUGCGGAGUCUUGCUUCCACCUGAGGCUUAUAACAGCAAAGACAACAAAGAUUAUUUAAAUAAUUCUUGGUAAAACUAUAUGCUCUUGGUGCUUUUUAAUGUAAAAAUUAUUUUUUUUUAGUUUGCAAGGCAUUAAUUACAUCAGACGAGAUUAAGAAAUUAAGUAAUACCUUGUUAAUGAUUGUUGAAUUUUAUUCUUGCGAAGAGAACACUGCCCAGCACUGGUAUAUUGAGUUUAAGUCCUAGUCGUUCCACUCCUCAUUUCAAUAUUCUCGGAUAUUUCAAUUAAACAUUAUUCUAUGUCGCCUUGAAAAAUUCGUAUGAACAAGAUCUAUAUUUAUAGGAAUAUAAAGCACAUGCCAAAAGAAUUAAGGCUUAUUUAGACGUUGUCAGAAAUAUCGGCGCAAUACAUUAUGGAAUAGCAAAGCUCUUUUAUUAAUAGAGCUUAGCUUGUAUCGCGGGGGGUUUCACAAACAAGACGUCGAAAGUCUGGGUAGACACACACAUAAAAGAAGCAAAGCACAUAAAAGAAGAAAAUAAAACAAAUAAAUUUUUAAAUAAACUAAAGUGUUUUCUAGAGGUCAAGUGCUACUACACAAUAAAUGAAUUUUUUGAUGAUAAAUUAAACUAAAACAAAAAACACUAUCUAAAUAAUAUUAUAUACCUAUAGAGUAUA